AUGGAACAACCUGCGACACCGAAUGUUACCCCAUCAAAAGACAACAGCAGCAGCAGCAAAGGCACAAAGAAAAAGCUACCAACUCCACAAGAGCUGAUAUCCCAUUACCAAUCUCAAGGCCUUGAUUCUCAAGAAGCAUCCAUCAAAGUCAUUGAAGAUCUCCAAAAUGUUCUCUUUAGGGUCAUAUCUUCUAGCAACAGGAGCAAGAAAGACAAGAUGAUGGGUGAGGCAUCUAGAAAGAUUGAUACAGUUAACACAAGACUGGCUGUUAUGGAUAUGAAGUUGGACUCAAAGCCUGGCUAUGCUGAGACUUUUGCUAUUGGGGUUGCUUCUGCUUCUGCUUUUAGAGGUAUUGAAACUGUUUGGCCUCAUGUUGUUGGGGGUAUUGCUCAGAUUUGGAAUGCUAUUAUUUUGGGAGUGUUAGAACCGCUGAGCGAUAAAUAUCCUGCAGAGGCAGCUGGGUAUGGCAUGUGUUUGGUUGCAGAGAUCGGUUACAAAGAGUUCGGAAGCAGAAGGCAUUCUUUCCAUUGGCUAUUGUUUGAUUGUUUCAGUUGUCCCUUAGAUGUACUAAUCAAGUUGCCCAUGCGGCCACGCCUGAGUAAAUUGGCAGCUAGUUUAGCUCAAGAGCAAGUUUGGGUAGAGGAUAACCCUUCUAAAGGGAUUCCUCUGUUAGCUUCUCAGUACUCGAAACUUGAGUUCAUUACAUGUGAAGGACAGGCUGAUACUGCUCCUGAGCCAUCUCUUUCUUUCAUUGAAGAUGAUCAAGCGGUUUGUAGACAACAUUCCUGCAAUGGCCUUCUAUGCAGCAGUUUUCGGUGCCAUGAAGAUGAUAGGAAGUACUACAUCUAUAAACCCACCACCAAGCAAUAUCACCAAGUGCCUAAACCAGAAUGUAAGAUUGCGUUUGGCAUUAACAUAACAUAUAAUCCUACCAUAUCACCCCAUUACAAAAUCAUAUGCUUCUGUGACUCCAUCGCAAUUAAGAUAUAUGAUUCAGCAGUAGGAUCAUGGAGAGUCUCCCAGAAAUCAUCGCCAAGUUUUUUCCCAUGA